CAAUACUUCUCUUCUGUUCUCUUUUCUUCUCUACCACCUUUCCACACCACAAAACAUGUCCAACAAAAUGCAUAUCUCCUCACUCUCACUCCUCCUCAUCCUCAUCUCCCACGCCAUCACUGCUGCCUUAGCCCAGACCGCGGCCCCCGCGAAGUCGCCGGGCCCCGCCCCCUCCACCGACAUCUACAAGAUCCUCAUCAAAGCCGGGCAAUUCACCGUUCUCCUCCGCCUUCUCCGGAGCACCCAAGUGGGCGACCAGAUCAACAACCAGCUCAGCAGCACCAACAGCGAGCUGACCCUCUUCGCCCCGCCCGACAACGCCUUUUCGAGCCUCAAGACCGGCACUCUCAACCAGCUCUCCGACCAGCAAAAAGUCCAGCUCGUCCAGUUCCAUCUCGUUCCGGCUUUCAUAUCCAUCUCAAACUUCCAAACUCUUAGCAACCCCGUCCAGACUCAAGCCGCCGACACCUACGAGUACCCUCUUAACAUCACCACCAACGGCAGCCAAGUGAACAUCACCACCGGGGUCGUUAACACCACCAUCACCGGAACCGUUUACUCCGACAAUCAGCUGGCGGUUUACCAGGUGGACAAAGUGCUUCAGCCUCUGGGGAUCUUCGCUCCAAGGCCUCCGCCGCCCGCCCCCGCCCCCGCCCCGCCGAAGUCUAAGAAGAAGGCGGAGACGGACACCGAUAGCCCGGCGGCUUCGGUGGAUGCUUCCGACGCUAUUGGUCGUGGCGGUGUUAGAAUUACUAUUGGGAUGGUCAUGUCGUUUGCAGUUUCUCUUCUUGUGGCCGUUUUCUUGUGACGGAAAAAUUACUACUGAGUUUUCAUGAUUUUUUUUGGUUGGGAUCAUAAUUUUUGGUGAUGAAGCAAGUUGGAUUGAGCGGCGGUCAUGGUGGACGUGGUGUGUUGGAUUGAAAUAAUGGUUGUCUCUGUUAGAUCCCAUUGGUUUCAUGCAUGCCGGUUUGUGAUGAUCAUCAGAACCAGUUUUUAAUUUCAUUUGAAUUUUAUGUUUUCUUUUCUUUUUUCUUUUUUUUUGAUCUUGGCAAUUCUUCUGUAUUUUGUAUUCUGUUUUCCGUUUUCUUAUUCAUAUCUUGAGCUUCUUGUAUUAUGACA